UAUUCAUAUAAUGGCUUCUCUGACAUUUGAAAGUUUAGACGAAGAAGUGAAGGAACUUUUGAAGAACUAUAAACAUAAAAAAGCUACUGUUUACGAGCCAUGUGAUCACGAAAACUUCAGAGAAUGCUUGAUCGGGCUCAGUGAAGAGCUAGGUCUUCUCAACAUAAAUUAUACCUUCAACCCGCACUUAGACGUCGAAAAUGAGACGUUAUGUCCGGAAGCUCUGGUGAAACUUAUUAACUCUGUGUGGACUUUGCUUCAUCGGCACAAGAAUACUGAUGAGAAGGCGGAGCGAUUAGUGGAGCAGAACCAUGUCCUUGAGCAUAACAAUAAGCAGCUACAUGGAGUUAUUGGCAGACUGAAAGAGAAGUCAAGUAAUGAGAAAAAUGAAUCAAGAGCCUGUAUAGCCACUGCCCAGAGAAUAUCAGACCGCUCUGAAGAAAUACUAAAAACACUAACAGAAACACGACAAAAACUCACACAACUUUCAAAACAAAAAGAAUCAACAGAGAAGGGGUUAAAGAAUGAAAUAGCAAGACUGAAGCUGGAUAACAACAAAUUGAUGGACAGGCUCAGGAACAAAUCUGAUGGACAUAUGUCCUGCAGUGACGUGUGUGAUUCAAGUCUGCUGCAGCUACGUGAACGGGAGAGGAAGCAGCGUACAGUCAUAGCUCAGCUGCAGAACAACAACCAGGACCUCCUGCGUGAAGUCAUUGCUUUGAAGGAGGAGCUUAUACUUAGUGGUCUCACGGAUUUCAACUUCAAGGGAAAAAAAUGAUGAUGGACUACUGAAUAACGGAUUUUGCAUUUACCACUAAUAUAGAUAAUUCACUCACUCACUUCAAACGUUAAGGAAAAAAAUGUCCCAAAGUUGAGUUUAAGUCAUAACAUAAUAGUCUCUGCUAACUAGACAUGGUUUUAUAAUAUGUGAAGUACUAACUAUUAAUAAUAUGGCAACUAAACAAAGCACAAUGCAUAUUUAAGUACAACAUUUUUACAAACCAAUAAUUUUAAUAAGAUUUUAAUUUUGUUACCUAUGUAUUUGUUGAAAGAAAGAAAGAAACAUUUAUUACUUCCGGACAUCACAGACACAGACAGACAGGUACAUUACAUUUAACACAGGACAGAAACCACACGGAAAUCAAUAAGUACACAGACAAAAAAAACAUCCAAAACAAAAAGAAAAGCAAACCAAAAUCAUAAAAACAAUAAUAAUAAAACUAAGUAUUCCAUGCCGCUGUUGCCAUGUAUGUGUUAAGGUUUUUAUUAAGUUUUUGACUAUUAACAUUCUUUUGAAGUACCUAUAUAAUUUAAUGACUAUUUUAAUCAGUUACCAGAGUAGAAAAUAAGAUUAUUAUGAAAAUGAUGAAUAAUUGUUAUUAGACUGUAUUAUUAUGUUUUUCAAGUUAACAAAUGGAUCUCUAUAAAACAUGACAAUCAGUAUUGUGUUAGAUCACUUUGACUUAGUAUGUAUGUGUAGUGCAUAAUGUGCCUUAGAAAGACUGUAAUUGAAAUUAAUGUGAUAUUCUGUUUCAGUUGAUAUUGCUUUUAAAAUAAACAAUUACUUUGUUAAA